CUUGCGGUCACACUGCUUUGUUGCUUCUCAAACGAAAUAUUAACAAUAAAUAUUUUUUUCACUUUACAUUUAUUUACUUAAAAAUGAUGCAGAUGAAAGAAUACAAGGAAGUGCCGCAAGACGCGCCACCUGCCGCACCUGGCGAUAAUAGUAAAAGCCCUGAGCCAUGGAUGAGCAUUCCAGUGGGAAGCAACUGUCCCCAAGGCCUUGAGUACUUGACGGUGCUUGACCAGUUGUUGGUCUCGCAGAAAAUCGAGAAACUGGAGCUACUCACUGGCUUUGAGGCAGCGAAUCGCUUUAAGGUGAAGAACUCUUUGGGACAGAAUGUCUACUCCGCGUACGAAGAGAGCAAUUGCUGCACUCGCAACUGCUUGGGCCCAGCUCGUCCAUUUGAGAUGAAGAUCUUGGAUAAUUUCCAAAACGAAGUGUUUCAUCUGACCCGUCCAUUUCGCUGCGAUGCCUUGUGCUGUUUCCCCAGCUGCUUGAAUAUCUUGGAAGUAUCAGCACCACCAGGUCAAGUGAUUGGCACUGUGGAGCAGGAGUGCACAUUCCUUAGGCCCAAGUUUGUGAUCAAGAAUACGUUCGGCGAUGUUGUGCUCAGAAUUGAAGGUCCCUUAUGCCCUUGGAAAUGCUUCAGUGAUACCAACAUGAAGGUAUUCAGCGUAAACAACGAACAAAUUGGCAAGAUAACCAAACAAUGGUCCGGACUUGGACGCGAACUGUUUACCGAUGCCGAUUACUUUAGCGUCACAUUUCCCCUCAGUCUGGAUGUGCGCAUGAAGGCGCUGCUCUUAGCCGCCGUGUUCUUAAUCGACAUUAUGUAUUACGAGCAUUAGAGAGCAACAAACAGCAACCAUCGACAACUUCAUCGACUGCUUAGUUGUUACAUUUUAAGUUUUCUUUAAACUGCACGAAUAUUUACUGCACGUAACCAACGCAAGAACAAAAGUCUAUUGGCUAUCAGAAUCUCCACACCAACUGCAUCGAAAUAUCGUCCCGCAUUUGUUGAUUCUAACUCUUAAUCUGAAUGCAACUUGAGAUUAUCAUUGCCAGCAACGUGCGCACAAAUAUCAUUUUGAAAGGCACUUCAACUUAUAUUCUAGCUUAUAUUUUUUUAUUCUCGAUUUUUUUAUUACAAUAACUAUAUAUUUAUAUGUUAUAUACAUACGGAAAAGACGUAUUUGUAUUUGUCAGACACUGACAUUUGGUUGGCAUUUAACGCACAAUCCCACGCACACACAAAAUACACCACUUUUAACACACACACAACACACUAUUAACACAAAUGAUAGAAAGAGUGCCUUAAAAAAGUCCUAGUUGUUGUACACUUUAAGUCCACCCCAACCCAAAGCCCCGUCAACUGGCUCCUGAUCCGAGUAUAUAUAGUAGCUAUUUUUGUAUGUACUUAAAAACCGAAAUCGAUUGUUAAAAACGUUACACGUUAUUUGGGACUAAAAUGUUAUUUGCAUUCAUUUUGCAUUGAAUAUUUCAUGAAUUUUUAAACUACCAAAAACCGAACAAAAAACACU